AUGUCUUCAAACGAGCUGCCCCGAUUUGACGACUCGGAGGACGAGGAAGACUUCAACCCUGCGCCAGCUGAUAUGUCCGAUGAUGAACCCGAGCAGCAGGCUAAAUCACGGUCUCGGAACAGCACUCCUGCCGAUCGCGACGAUGCAGCGGAUGACGACGACAAUGGCGACGAUGAUGAUGACGGGGGGGCUCGAGCUCGCGUCGGAGCCAAGGAGUCUGCUGACAAUGAUAUUGAGGAAGACGAGGAUGAGGAUGAGGACGAGGACGAGGAUGACGAGGAUGACGUGCAACAGGGGCAUCGAAGGAAGCGACGCCGAGAUCGACGCAAUGCCUUUUUUGAUAUCGAAGCCGAGGUCGACGAUGAAGACGAGGGAGAGGACGAAGAGAAGGAUGGGGAGGAAAUUGAGGAUUUCAUCGACAACGCUCAUCCUGAUGAUGUCGCCGAGAGCGCCCGGCUUGACGAUGACCGGCGGCAUCGCGAGCUCGACCGCCGUCGUGAGAUGGAAUCAAACAUGGAUGCGGAGAAGCAGGCCGAGAUGCUGCGUCAGAAAUACGGAAAGCGAGGUCCGGCAAAGGGAUUCGGCGACUCGGCCGUGGUGCCGAAGCGCCUCCUUCUCCCCAGCGUUGAUGACCCUAGCAUCUGGGCGGUGAGGUGCAAGGAGGGCAAGGAGCGCGAGGUCAUCAUGUCCAUCACCAAGCGCAUCGAAGAGCGGCUGGGAACCAAGGACGAACUUUCAAUCACCGCCGCCUUUGAGCAUGGCGGCACGCAGUCCGUCAUGAAGGGUUUCAUUUACGUCGAGGCCCAACGCCAAACGGACAUUCUCGUGGCCCUCGACAGCAUGCUCAACGUGUACCCACGAUCAAAGAUGACGCUAGUCGACAUCAAAGACAGGCCGGAACUCCUUCGUGUCACCAAGACGCCGACUCUUGAACCCGGUGCCUGGGUCCGGCUGCGACGCCCUGCCAAGCACGCCGGUGAUCUGGCCCAGGUUCUUGAUGUGACCGAGAAUGGGCUGGAGGCGAGGGUACGGUUUAUACCGCGAUUGGACUACGGCAUGCGGGACGAUGCCCUGUCAGCCGUCAGCGCCGAUGGCAAGAGGAAGAGACCUGGCGGCGCGGCAGGCCCCCGUCCCCCUCAGCGCCUCUUCAGCGAGGUCGAGGCCAGGAAGCGUCACCCUCGCCACAUACAAGGGAACCCAACAACCAACACUUGGUCGUACAUGGGUGAUGAAUUCGAGAACGGCUUCCAAGUCAAGGAUGUUAGGAUCCAGCAGCUCAUCGUCACCGACGUCAAUCCAUCGUUGGAAGAGGUGACUCGCUUCGCGUCGGGUGCGGAAGACGGCACCGAAAACCUCGAUCUCAAGGCCUUGGCGGCAAGCUUAAAGGACAGCAACACUCUCGUCACCUACCUUCCGGGCGACAUCGUCGAGGUGUACUCGGGCGAGCAGAGGGGCGUGGUGGGCAAGGCAACCAACGUCCAGGGCGACAUCGUCACCAUGUCGGUCACCGAGGGCGAUCUCGAGGGCCAGACCAUCGAAGUACCCACCAAGGCCCUGCGGAAGCGCUUCAAGAUUGGCGAUCACGUCAAGGUCAUCGGCGGCAGCAAAUUCCGCGACGAAGUCGGUACCGUGGUCAAGAUCUCGGAGGAUCGCGUCACCCUCCUGACGGACCAGGCCAACACGGAGGUGACAGUCUUCAGCAAGGACCUUCGGGAGGCAAGCGACAUUGGCGGUCAAGGCUCUCUCGGCCAGUACGAACUUCACGAUCUGGUCCAGCUUGACCCCACGACGGUAGGCUGCAUCGUCAAGGUCGACCGCGAAUCCCUCGUGGUGCUUGACCAGUACGGUGACCCGCGUCAGGUGAUGCCGUCGCAGAUCUCCAACAAGUUGCCGAAGCGAAAGCAGGCCGUCGCGGCCGACCGUGACGGCUCGGAGAUUCGGCUUGACGACAAAGUCAAGGAGUAUACUGGACAGCAGCGGCAGGGCAAGAUCAUCCACAUACAUCGAUCAUACAUUUUCCUGCACACCAACGACACGACGGAAAACGCCGGCGUCUUCGUUACAAAGGCCAGCAUGGUCAACACGGUCGCGGCGAAGGGCGGCCGCGUCAGCUCUGCCGCUUCCGGCCCCGACCUUAGCACCAUGAACCCAGCCCUGAAACUCCACAAGAACGGGGCUGAAAACAAGGCUCUCCAGCAGCCUCUCAAGACGUUUGGUCGCGAUCGAGCCAUCAACCAGACGGCCAUCAUCAAGAAGGGCCCGUACAAGGGACUGUUGGGCAUCGUAAAGGACACAACGGACACGCAUGCCAGAGUCGAGCUUCACACGAAGGGGAAGACCAUUACGGUACCCCGCGAGUCGCUGAGCUUCAAGGACAAGUUGACUGGCGCCAACAUCGACAUCAGCGGCAGAGGAGGGCGUGCUCCACCGUCGGGAGGCUUCGGCCGCGGAUCCAACGACCGGGUGCCGGGCUGGCAAGGAGGAUCCCGCACGCCCAUGGGUGCGGGCAACUCGGACCGGGUGCCCGCAUGGGGAUCACGUACACCGGCUGCGGUCAGCGGGCGGACACCUGCAUGGAAAGCGCAGGACCAGUCUGGAUCACGGACUCCUGCCUGGGCCGAUGGCUCGAGGACUGUCAAUCCCUACGACGGCAGCAGGACGGCCUACGGGUCCGGGUCGCGGACGCCGGCGUGGCAGUCUGGAGCGCGGACGCCCGCAGUCGGCGACGCGUUUGGGGCCGGGUCUCGGACGCCAGCGUACGGGGGCUCCAGCGGUGCCGACGGCUGGGCAUCGGGCUCCAAGACACCCUCGUGGGGCGUCAGUGCACCCACGCCUGGGGCCAGCGGGAACGAGUCUUGGGGGUACACACCCGGUGCUGCUUCGUCGGCGGCGUACGAUGCGCCGACGCCGGGGGGUCCUUUGGGGUCAACAACUCCCGGCUCAAUGAACGCGCCGACGCCAGGUGUCUACUCGGCCCCGACGCCUGCCGCCAACGCGCCGACGCCUGCGGCGAAUGCACCGACGCCGGGUGCAGGCUGGCAGGGAGGAUGGGGCAUGGAAUCAGCACCGACUCCGGCGGCGGCGGCGCCGACACCUGGGAGCGGUUACUACGAAGCACCAACACCGGCGUACAGCGGGCAGCCAGGGACUCCGGCCACGAGCGGACCGAGAUAUACCGAUGACGAUUGA